ACAUUUUGAAAAUUUGAAGCUUUCAGGAACUAAAAUAAAGAUAAAAAUUAAAGCAUGAAAUGUCACCCCAUUAAAGCACAAAAGCUGAAGAAGACACACCAUAACACGAAAAGAAGCCACCAGAAAAGAAAGAACAACAAGAGAGAUACAUAUAUAUAUAUAGAAAUAGCUAGAGAUAUGUAAACAACUUCAAAUUAUGCACUAGUUUCUACUACUACUACUACAACAAACUCAAUAUGUAUCGAUUUAGCAACACGGUUAUCGGUUUCUUGAAUCUUUUCACACUCUUAGCUUCGAUUCCGAUCAUCGGCGGCGGCCUAUGGAUGGCGAGGAGCAGCACGACCUGUGAAGGUUUCCUUCAAACUCCACUUCUAGUUGUAGGUUUCGUUGUUCUUGUGAUUUCUCUAGCUGGUUUCAUUGGUGCAUGUUUUCAUGUUGCAUGGGCGCUUUGGGUUUAUUUAGUGGUCAUGUUAUUUCUUAUCGCCACCUUAAUGGGUUUGACCAUUUUCGGAUUUGUGGUCACGAGCCAAGGCGGCGGAGUUCAAGUUCCCGGCAGGGUUUACAAAGAGUAUCACCUUCAAGAUUAUUCUCCAUGGUUAAGAAAAAGGAUCAAAGAUCCUGAUUAUUGGAGAGCUAUUAGAAGUUGCAUAUUGGGUUCAAAAACUUGCGCCAAACUUGCGUUUUGGACUCCUCUUGAUUAUCUUGAAAAAGACAUGUCUCCUAUACAGUCUGGUUGUUGCAAGCCGCCGACUUCAUGCACGUAUAAUACGGCAACAAUGGUGGCUCAAGAUCCGGAUUGUUACCAGUGGAACAAUGCUCCGACGAUGCUGUGCUACGAGUGUGAUUCGUGUAAAGCUGGAGUGCUUGAGGAUGUGAGAAGGGAUUGGCGGAAGCUCUCAGUUCUUAACAUUGUGAUGCUAGUGUUUUUGAUUGGGAUUUAUUCAAUUGGAUGUUGUGCUUUUCAAAAUACAAGAAGGGCGGAAACGGAUUACCCGUAUGGAGAAAACCGGAUGACCAAAGUCCGACCCAGAUGGGACUACUAUUGGUGGAGGUGGUGGAGAGACAGAAGAGAAGCACUUUAUUAAGCAAAAGAGUGAAAGGAAAAUGUUGAGAGAAGAGAAAAUUUCUGAAAGAGUGGUAGUGAUUUGGUGGUAUAAAGAUGGGACAAAUGAGAUGUUAAAUUUACAGAAGAUUUGAAGGUAGCUGAUUUCUCUUUUUACAGUAUUAAUUGACGGGUUUAUGCUUUUGUGUACAAAAAGAUAGCAUGGAUCACCAUACCUACCUGUAUCUUUCUUCUUUCACUUUACACUUGCUUUCUGACAUUAAUAGAGGUUUUUAUUUAUAUAAAGCUAUUUCAAGUUUAUCAUGUUGGCUACACAACAUGUGCUUCA